AUGAGUGAGCCAACGUCACCAGCACCGAGGGUGGAGGAGACUCCAAACAAAGAAACUCCACCCAAACAAGAGGAAAAAGAAGAAGAAAAAGAGAAAAACGAACAACCAGAACAAGUAAAGGCAGAAAAGGAAGAAGUAAAAGAAGAAGGGGAAAAGUUAGAUUCAGAAGAUAAUGCAGUAAAGGAACAGGAAGCCCCACCCUCUGCUUUAAAGGGUAGGAGUGGUAGAGAGCGCAGUACGGAUCUCAAGCCACGAUUUAACCCUGACGUUACGGUGAUGGAAACUCCCAAUUAUUUUCUCGUUAUGAAUGCUGAAGAGGGUGAUGAUGAGGCUGAAGAACUCGCUGUCUUUGACCGCCUAUAUGAAGAGGCAAAGAAACGAUCAGAGCGUAUGAAAACAUUACAAACCAGCAUGACAUCAGAUAUGGAUACAUCUGAAACAGAUAAAGAGUAUACUUUCCGUCCCACUAUAUCUGAAGCUGCUCAGAGAAUGGGUAGGUAUGCUAACUGGGAAGAGUUUCUAAAAAGUCAAGAGGAGCGUAGAAAAACCAGUCAGAUGCAUUUUCAAAAGAAAAAGGAAAGAUUAUUAAAUGAUGAAAUUGUUCCUCUUUUUGAAGAUAUACCACGAAAACAUAGUCUCCGCAUUAUUGCUUAUUUGGAGAAGGAACGAAAAUACCAGGGUCCUAUCAAGGGAUGGCGUCAACGGUUUCGUGAAUAUAUGAAAAGACUUCAAGAUAAUGAUAACCAGCAAUCGCCCAUGAAGAGAACACCGAGUGCACAUUCAGACACAUACUCUGUUCACUCUGGUGUUAUCCGCGAUGAUGCGGUGUUUGAGCGUCUUUAUGAUGAGGCACAAGUGCGAGAGGCGGCGCAGCGGGUUGUGCUCAUGACACAACUGGAGAAAGAGACCCGUGAGUUAUAUCAUCCAAUGACAAACGAGUCAGAGUAUUGGCAACACCUCAGAAAUACUUACGCUACCAAGAACACAGAUAAUAAUAAUAAUAGCAGUAACAAUAGCAGAAACAGAAGCCGAAGUAACAGCAGCAGCAACAACAAAAACAAUAACAACAAUAAAAAUAAUAAUAUUCAUCAUCAUAAUAACAAUCAGCAUCAGCACCUGAUUGACCGUGAGAGUUACACCAAUUCAUUUUUCAGCAAUCGCAGUGGUAGCAGCUGUGGUAGUAGUAGCGUUUUUGAAGCCCUUUACAAGAAAAGUGAAGAGUACCGUCAGCGCCAUAAACUUCGUGUGAUGGAGGCUAUGAACAAUCAAGAAGAAUUUCCCUUCAAACCCUCAACAAAUCCAAAAAGCAGCAAAAUCAUCAUGGAACGGGCUAUCGCUCGGGCAAAAGGUGAACUACCGGACCGAAACAGGAAACCACCCGUACAGGAGGAAGAACCUCCAGAAAAGAAAGUUCAUACACGAUUUAAUGCUGAUAUUUUCUGUUCACGUUUACAACGUAAAGAAGCCGAGCGAUUAGAACGCCUAGCAGCUCUUAAGCGAUUACUACAUUCUGAGGAAGCUUCACAGUGUACAUUUCGUCCAUCCAUAUCUCGCAAUAGUCUUUCUAUUGCAAUGCAGAAGGGAUAUGGAGAUGUUAUCAUUACUCCACCACCACCUUCACUUCCACGUGAAUCACUACAAGGAGGACAUUCUCUUGGAGUGGAGGAUAGAAGAAAACAAUACACUCCUAAUAAAACUACUAAAACGAAUACUGUUGGGUUCAAUCAUAGUAAUAAUACCUCGCAGCGACGAGUUUUCCCUGGACGAGAAGUACACGAGCAAGAACAGGGAUCAGAUGCUCGUCACUUGUUUCUCUCCCAAAGCGGCAGCACCAGGAGCAGCAGUAAUAACAACGACAGUACAGAGGUGAUGAUGAAUGUGAAGGAGAUUCUCCCGGAAACAAUAUUAAAUGAUGAUAAAUACAUCGCGGCACUCUCUUCUGAGAUUCAAGAUGUACUCUCCGGGUGGUCUGAGACGGUGGAACAGGCAAGGGCCCUCUGA